CAGAACAAGUUGCCAUCAUCGUUCAACGCACUCGGAACCAACGGGUGCCUCUGAGUACGAGGGGAAGACAACCCACGGAGCUGACAAUGAGGAGGACGUAUGCCAAGUGACGAAUGAUUUAUUGGCCUUUCAUUUCUUUCUUUAUUUGUUUUCUUUUGUAAAUGAACAUCAAGAUUAUUCCUGGAGACCACUAACAAACAUCCUUUCAAGAGUUCUUUUUCCUUCCCGGUGGAUUUAUCCUUUCUGAGAGACAUCAUCAAGAAUUCCACGCAGUGUUCUGCGAUGUGGAGACGGCAAGUGGUUGUGUGCGCCCUGUGGGUGCUGCUGUCCACGUCUGUCGGCGGUGAGAGCAAAGCUCGGAGCUGCGGCGAAGUUAGACAAGCGUAUCAUGCCAAAGGAUUCAGUCUUGUCGGUGUACCUCAUCAGGAAAUAUCAGGUGAGCACCUGCGUGUCUGUCUUCAGGGAUACACCUGCUGCACAUCUGACAUGGAAGACAAGCUCAACCAGCAAAGCAAACUGGAGUUUGAAAAGUUGGUGGAGGAGCGCAGCCACAACAUGAGGGUGACGUUUGUUUCCAGUCAUAAAAAGUUUGAUGAGUUUUUCUUGGAACUCCUGGACAAUUCAGAGAGGUCUCUGAACAGCAUGUUCUCAAGGACAUUUGGGAAGCUGUACAUGAAAAACUCAGAGGUGUUCCAGGACCUGUUCACAGAGCUAAAGCGUUACUACACAGGGGGCAAUGUCAACCUGGAGGAGAUGCUCAAUGAUUUCUGGUCCAGGCUGCUGGAACGGAUGUUCCAGCUAUUGAACUCCCAGUACCACUUCACAGACGAUUACCUGGAGUGUGUCAGUAAAUACUCAGAUCAACUCAAGCCCUUUGGAGAUGUGCCCAGGAAACUAAAGGCUCAGGUCACCAGGGUCUUGAUUGCCGCACGGACAUUUGUCCAAGGCCUCAUGGUUGGUCGGGAAGUUGCCAACAGGGUUGCCAAGGUGAAUGUUGCGCCCGCAUGUGUCAGAGCCUUGACUAGGAUGCUGUACUGCCCAUACUGCCGAAGCAUGCCAGGGCUCAAGCCCUGCCAAAACUACUGUCAGAAUGUCAUGAGAGGCUGUCUCGCAAACCAGGCUGACCUCGAUCUUGAAUGGAACACUUUUACAGAUGCCAUGUUGCUGGUGGCUGAGAGGCUGCAGGGACCUUUUCACAUUGAAGCAGUCAUUGAGCCAAUUGACCUCAAGAUCUCUGAGGCCAUCAUGACCAUGCAGGACAACAACAAGAUACUGUCAGCAAAGUUUUUCCAAAGUUGUGGUCCACCAAAACCUUCAGGCAUAGGCAGGUCUGCACGUGGCAUUUCGGAUGUGUUUAGUGCUCGUUUCAGACCUUAUACUCCUGACGAAAAGCCAACCACAGCCAUAGAGACAAGCCUGGAUCGACUGAGGGGUGUCUGGAUGACAAUGCAACACAGUGUGACUGACAUCAAAGAGAAAUUGAAACUGUCCAAAAGGUUCUGGUCCAAUCUACCUGAUGGUAUCUGUGCUGAUGGAAAUUUUACAGAGUCUGAUGAGGAGCAGUGUUGGAAUAGCCACACCAAAGCCAGAUAUUUCCCAGAGGUGGUGAAAGCAGGACUAACCAACCAGGUGAACAACCCAGAAGUGAACUUGGACAUCACCAGACCAGACACAUUCAUUCGACAACAAAUAAUGGCUCUGCGUGUGAUGACCAAUAAGCUGAAAAAUGCAUACAAUGGAAAUGAUAUCUACUUCCAAGACUCAAGUGAUGAAGGCAGUAGUUCAGGCAGUGGCAGCGGCUGCUCAGAUGGCUGCACGACUGAGGCUGUUCUUGUGGGAUCCGAAGCUCCUGUGAUCGGAGCCGAUCGAAGUGAUGUACACACAGCAACAGCAGGCAAGACGCUCUGCCAUGGACCGUCACUACUGUUAACGAUGACAACCCUCAUAGCAUCACUCUGCACAAUUCAGCCCAGAUGGAGAUAAUACAUGUGUCGGUUGCUCACUAACUACUAAACUGCUGCGUACAGUAUGUUUAAGCACGUUCUACAGCUGCUCCUUCACCGGACCUCUGGAACCUUCUGGAACACACCCGUGUUGAGUGGCUGCUGAAGUGAGUACAGUGCUACAUCCUUGUCAUCCCCAGAAGAAUGCUUGGUGACCUCAUUAAAACAGCUUUCACCUCUGAAGAAAAAUAGUGGUGUUCGCUCAUUGUUUUGGAAUACAUUUUUAAAAUCAUCACUGGUGACAAUGUGUCUCAUGAUGUUCCUGCCAGUUAUUUCUAGAUAAUGCAGGAAUGUGUUUCUUUCCUUUGUACAACAAUUUUGGGACUGCGUUGAGUUUAUCCUAUUUGUCUUUCGCCCACUUCAUACAAGAGAAAAUGCUUACUGUGUGCAUGCAAGGAAAUAAAGCUCAGAUAUGCUUUUUGGUUAUUCGUUUUAAUGCAGGCUUUACAGCUUUUGGAUAUAAUUAUUUGGACAAGAUUAAACUUCGGUAAAUCUGAGUUUCCAUUCAGAAAUAAAGGUUCUGCUACAGGCGAUUGCUUUCCUUUAACCAUCUUAUACUUGCACAUUUGCUCUUCAUCAUGGAAUCAUGGACUGCACCAAGGGAACGGCUUUGCACAGAUACAUGUUGCUGGCAAGACACUCGAAUUAGAGUACUUCUUUUCCCAGUCAUUGGAAUUUUGGUGUCACGUUAUUCCUAGCUAUAACUGUUAAGUGUUACCUUUGAAGGCACAACAAUGUAACCUUAAUGGUUUAGUUAAAGACUAAGAACAAAUACGUAUUAUUUGUUAAAACAUGUCACAUACAAAACAAAAGACAGAAACAGUAGUAUGCUAUUACACAGUAGUUCAAUUGCCUGGGACCAGCUUGUCAAAAUAUCUGUCCAUGCUAUAUUACUAACUAAUUGGCUAUAUUAUUUGUUUAUAGAAGGUUGUACACCAUACCAAUACUGGCCUCCUUUAGAAAAGUUUGGAGUAUUUACAUAACCAGUUAUGUCUCUGCACAAUAUCCACAAAGCCGUCUCUUUGAAACUAAGACAACUGCAGAGGUUAGAGUGGUAAUCAAAUGACUAGGUCACUCCAUACACUCCUCAGUCUAUCUCUUUCAGACGUUGACCUCAACAUGAUGCUGUAUAAAAGCUUAGGGCCCAUGGCCAGAUUUGUAUACCAAAAAAUCAUUUAUUUGACCUUGGGUCACAAAAAGCUAAGUUCCAAUGUUGCAAGGAUUCCAAUCAAAGGGGGCAAUUGUUCAUGGUACCAGGGCAGGGCAGUCAUUAUGGUGCAGUGUGCUCCUAAAAAUAAAUACCUGAAAGGUGAAUCUCUUUUCUCAGCUGAGACUUUUCCAUAGCCUUUCUCUCUAGCAAAUUA